AUGGCGACUCGCUGGCUCCGGGAAAUUUGGCAACUGGGAGUGCGGGGAGGGCUGAGACCGAGGACGGCCGCGGCUGGCUGUUCCAGGUAUAUGCCAUGCUGUGGAAGUCUGGUGAUCCGAGACCCUCAUACUAUCAGCAGUCUUGAUUGGGAUCUCAGUGGUCAGCACAGCCGGACAUUUAUCAGCUUUACAGGACCUUUCAUCAACAAACGGAAGGAAUAUUCAGAGAGGAGGAUCAUUGGUUACUCCAUGCAGGAAAUGUAUGGUGUUGUGGCCAAUGUGAAUGAAUAUAAGGAAUUUGUUCCAUGGUGUAAGAAAUCAACGGUGGUCUCUAAGCGAGCAGGACAUGUGAAGGCCCAGCUGGAAGUUGGAUUCCCUCCUGUUGUGGAACGUUAUACCUCUAUUGUGACACUGGUGCAACCCCAUUUGGUGAAGGCAGUCUGCACUGAUGGAAAACUUUUCAAUCAUCUGGAGACAAGCUGGCGUUUCAGUCCUGGCAUUCCAGGCUAUCCUCGCACCUGUACCCUGGACUUCGCAAUCUCUUUUGAAUUUCGUUCCCUGCUGCACUCGCAGUUGGCUGCCGUUUUUUUCGAUGAGGUAGUAAAGCAGAUGGUGGCAGCCUUUGAGCGCCGGGCAUCGAAGAAUUAUGGCCCCGAGACCCAGAUUCCUCAAGAACUCAUGUUCCACAAAGUCCAUCAGACGUGAAGGGUGCCUGCGGCUUUGGUCACUUCAACGGACACUUGAAGUUGGGUGUUUGCUUGCAGCAUC